CUUGCGAACAACAUGUCGGCAUCAUCAUCUUUAAAAAUACUAUAUUAUUGUUCGUGUCAAAGGUGUACUUUACUUUUUUAAAAGAAUUAUUCAUCAUUUAAUAAUUAAAUAAGAAAAAGAAGUUUUCAAAAAGAAUUGUCUAAAUGCCAGCCUAUCAAGAAUGGCACUCAAAAUUGCUGUUAUUGCCAUUGAAUCUUGAUUUUCGACGAAACAAUCAAUUAACAAUUUUUCAAGAAAUACUUCACCUUCUUCUGUAUAUACUAUUGUUGCAAUAAUUGUCAAACAUUGAGACGCAUUUCUCAAAAUGUUGGAUGGACUUGUCGCUUGGGUGCUUAAUAAUUAUUUAGGAAAAUAUGUGGAAAAUUUAAAUACCGAUCAACUAAGUAUUGCCCUUCUCUCAGGUGAAGUGGAAUUGGAGAAUUUGCCAUUGAAAAAGGAAGCACUACGUCACAUUGGUUUACCAGUUGAAAUUAAAGCAGGAUUUAUCGGAAAAGUUCGAGUACAAGUACCUGUUAGACAAAUAAGAACAGCAUCAUGGGUUAUUGCUAUUGAACAACUUUAUUUAGUAGCUGGACCAAUUUGUUUAGAUGAGUACGACAAUGAAGCGGAGGAGCAUGCAAUUUUAGAUUAUAAACUAAGUCGACUGGAGACACUGGAGGCGAGAUGGCGUGCUGAGUCAGAACGUGAUCCUGGUUAUUAUGCGACAAGUUAUAGUUCUUGGUUAAAUUAUGGAACUUCUUUGGUGACUAAUAUUAUUGAAAAUUUACAGUUAAAUAUUAAGAACGUUCAUUUGAGGUACGAAGAUACCAAAGCACUUUCAGAUGGUACAGGUAUUGCUUUCGGUGUGAUAAUUGAGGCAAUAACAGCUCAAAGUUGCGAUGCCAGUUGGAUUCCAGGUUCCACGUCGUGGAAUCUUUCCGAUGCUUCCUUCAAGCUCAUGGAACUCGAUGGACUAUCAGUCUACUGGAAUCACUUGAAAAAGGAGGACUUAUUUGAAAAUUUAAACCUCGGAGAUUUAGCAAUUGCCAUGAACGAACUAAAAAAAGCAAAUCACAGAUAUAUCCUGUCACCUGUGAGUGCGAAGGCUCAUAUAAAAAGAGACAGAUCGGAAAGACCACUUCGAUCGGCAAAUAAGCCAAGAAUAGUUUUAGAUCUUUUAUUAGAUCAAGUUCCAUUGGCACUGACUGAUGAACAAUAUGAACAAAUGGUUAAAUGUAUCAAAGGCCUCGAGGACAUCGAUCGACGAAGACGACAGUGGAGAUGUAGACCAACAGUUUCUGUUUUUGAUUCGCCGAAAGAUUGGUGGAAAUACAUGGCGCGUUGCUACAUUGGUCCUGAUAGUUUAAAACCAAAAAUGUCCUGGAACGAUAUUAUUGAAAGGGGGAAAAGAAAUGUCACUUAUGUCGAGGCUUGCGCAAAAUUAUUAGGAGCUCCUACUGCAAUUCUUUCGCCGGAAAUAAAGAAAUUAAAAGAUGAAAUGGAGCAGGAUCUCAGUUACGAUGAACUUCGUACACUACGUGAAUUGGCGAUGGAAAAAGUUCGACCACCGAAAAUUCAAUCUGACUCCAAUGUUUCAACACCUCAGCAAGCGCGAGGAAUGUUAUUCCAAUGGUUUCCCGAUUGGUUGGGUUGGUAUACGAAAACUCCCAACAGCACACCGUCGACUUCUUCGUCAUUUGACGGCGAACUUUUGGACGCUCUCUCCGAUACAAUAGACGAUGAUACCCUAUUGCGACGCGACACAGUAUUUGGACAAUUUAAUUUCGCUCUAUCGAAGGGGGCAAUUUCUUUGUGCACAUCAAAGAAUUUCAACGAAUCAGUGAAAACAGUAAUGGAAUUACAAUUUGAGAGGGUAAAUUUAACUUACGAGUCGAGACCAAGAUCUAGUUCACACAAAUUCUACAUAAGUUUAGGUGCUUUAUUUUUACACGACUACUUGACGGAGGACACGACGUUUCCGAUUUUAAUUCAACCGCAGAUUGUCAGUGUAUCAAGUUCACGUUUACGGAGUUCUUCGGAGAAGUUGGUGACUCAGGUGUCACAAUCCUUGUUCGAAUUGACGUACGAAAAGAGACCGUUACACCUGAGUGUUGACCAUUCUUUGCAAGUGAAUUCGAGAUCUUUGGAUGUUGUCUACAAUCCAGUGGCGAUUCUCUGGUUGAUUGAUUUUAUCUGCAAGCCGCAUCGCUAUUCCUCGAAUCAGAAGUUACAGGCCAUGAAGCGAAAGACAAGAAGACAGUUGAUUAAAAAUUGGGAACAGAUUCUAGAAGGUGAUUUUGAUUAUCGAUCCUCGUGGGAUUUGCAACUGAAUAUUUCCGCUCCGCAAAUUUUACUUGUGGAGAAAUUUACGGAUUCGAACGCAGCAGUGAUUGUUGUUGAUUUUGGAAGAUUGAGGUUAACGAAUGGCACGACGGGAGAAGUUGUCUUAAAACCAGGUUCACUGGAAUCGGAUGACGAGGAAAGGUUCGAAACUCCUUGUUCAACACCGCCGGGAAGUCAGGAAAAUGGUUCGGUGCAGGAUUUUCAAGCUUUGUCCGAAGCUGCUUUGCAUAAAAAAUUGUACGAUCAUUAUAUUGUCGAUUUGUCGGAUCUGCAGGUGUUGAUCGGGAAGGUGAAAGAUAAUUGGAAGCACGCGAGAACGAGAGGAAUGUCCAGUCUUCACGUUCUUGAGAGAUUUAACAUUUCCCUGCAGAUUGAGAGGAGAGUCAUUACUACGAUGGAUCCGCAAUUUCCCUCGAUUACAAUUUCGGGAAAUUUGCCACGUUUAGUGGUGCAUGUGAAUGAGCAAAAAGUCGAAGUGAUUCGAUCCAUGUAUCAUCUUUUGUCGAGUUUGUCGACUUCGGCCGGACAACCGAAAGUUACCAUCGACACCGAGCCGGAGAGUCCACAGAAGGAGGAUAUAGUCGAUAGGACUUUGAAUCACGUCAUGAUGUUGCAAUUUAUAAUCGAUCAGAUGACUUUUGAGUUGCAAUCUCGAGGUCGAAGUGUUGCGGAACUACAAGUUUCGGGGGUAAGAGCGGCUCUUUGUAAAAGACCAGCGGAUUUGAGUGCUUCGCUAUCGGUGCAUGGUUUGCUUCUAGUGGAUGCUUUGCAGGAAUUCGGACCUGAUUUCGAACUAUUGGUGGCUAGUCACAAACACGUUGGAAUGGAUAGUAUUUCGGGAAGUUUGAGAGAUUCGGAGCCAACGUCGCCAGUUUCGCCUGUCUCGCCAGGUUCUCCAGAACCAGGACUGCCAAGACGUUUGACAUCGCCGAUUGCUUUGACGCACGCUCUCUCUAGUCUUGCUCACGAUUCGAAGAGUCCUUUUUCACCGAAGAAAACAUCGUCGAUAGGUUUAGAUCAAUUGGAUUCGGAAGCUUUGAUCGUGAUCGAAUUGACACUGGUCGAUGAUCCUAUCGAGUCGCUAAGAAUGGCGAAUAUACAGUUUAAUAAUUUGGAUAUAAUAGCGAAUCAGGAGACGAUUGUGGAACUAAUGGGAUUCGCGAGGAGAUUAUUCCCGGCGAAGAAGACGCGUUCGAAGAAUAUGCAGAGGUAUGAAUCACUCUCGAGUUUGACUUCCGAGUUAAAGGCGUCGACGAGAACGGAAAUCACUUUCGAUUUCCAUAGGUUGAAUGUACUGUUACUUCGAGCAGUGAUGCAGGAGAGUCAACUAGUCGGGCAAAAAAUCGCAACGGCGACAAUGUCCGACGCUAGGAUUCAGGCAACAUUCACUUCGAAUUAUUCCAUAUCGGGAUCACUUGGAGGUCUGCAGGUGUUGGAUCAGACUCUAAUCGGCAAGACUCAUCAGCGAAUUAUCAGCGUUGGGAGGGAUCCACUCGCGGAUCCUCCGCAUCAUCCUUUGGAGCAUUUUUCGAGUCUUUCGAAUCAACCGGUGGAGGCUUUUCGUUUCUCGGCUAAUCGGAGUUUUAGACAAUUGCCAGAUUCGGAUGGGAUUGAAACAAUAGCCGAUAUAACGAUUCGAGUGGGUAGUGUUUGGUACACACAUGCGCCGCACUUAAUUUCUGAAAUACGAUCAUGUGCUGAUGAGUUUAAACAAUAUUUGAGUAAUUUAGCUCGACAGAUUGGAGCAGCGGCGACUGACAUGGCGAUCGGUUUGGUGCAAGCCGAAGACUGGACGAUUCCACAACGAAAGCGUUUGCCGAGUUUCUCGAUGGACGACACUUCGACGAGUUUGUCACUGAAACUCGAUGUUGUUCUGGACAGUCCGGUCCUGGUGAUUCCUAGGGCGUCGCAAAGUCCUCAGGUGUUUGUUGCGCAUCUGGGAACAAUGUCCCUACAGCACGAGCCUCUACAGGGAACGAAAAACAAACUCAGUUUGGAAGUGAGGGACAUGAAUCUGUAUUCCCUCGACGUCUCGUCGAAAUUGAGUCAAGUGCACGGGAAUCUUCCCAUUAGAGCCGAGGAAAUGUACAGUUGUAAAGAAUCCGGAAAACCAAUUUUACACGACACUUUACUAAGAGUCGUCGUUGAAAAGGAGCGAGUGGCGAACGAAAUCCAAAGUCCGGGUUUUAUUCUAGACACCGAUUCACUGAAUCCAAUUGUUCAGGUUCAUGGAACUGUGAUCACGCCCUUGAAAGUCUCGCUAACUCGCUUUCAGUACGAACAACUCUUGGACACAAUUCAUCGUCUCUUCUCGAUAUCGGACAUGGAACCCGUGGUCCAGAAACCGCAAACAUCAAAAGUGUCGUACUACUCCGAAAAAUUUGAUCUCUCUCUGAAGGUUUUGUUCGAACUGCCCGUUCUUAGUAUUGAGCUGAAACAGGAUCGUCUGGAGCAACCACUGGUCGAUCUAUCAAUGCGUGAUUUCGUCGCAAAGUUUGAAAAAUUACACAAAAAUGAAUCAACCACGCAAGUGUCACUAAGAUCACUGCUGAUGGAAGAUCUUCUCUGCCCCGUGGGAUCGAGACAUCGGUACAUGAUGCAAUCGUCAGUACCAACGCGAGCGAGGUUACCAGUCGGGGUCUCGAAAUCGUGUCCGGAUUUGGCCUACGUUCAACGAUGGAAGCAGGAAAGUAAUCGAGGUAGUUUGCCUGAUCGGUUGGAAGCUGACACUCUCUACGCAGUGCCUGCACAUUGGCGGAGGCAACCGAUUUCUGGAGAGGAUACGCCGGACACUCCGCCACCUUCACCAGGAGCAACAAGCGAGGAGAAUCUGGUACUAAUCAGCAUAACUGUCACUCAACCGGACACACACAUCGGCAAACAGAAGAGUCAACAAAAGCUCAUGAGUAUUAAUUUCAACUGUCUCGAUCUAGUCGUCAGUGUCGAAUCCUGGAUGGUGGUUCUCGACUUUCUAGGAAUCGGCACACCGAACACAAGUCUGGACAAAGCCACACAGCCAAAAUCGACAGAAUCCGGCGAGCCAAUUCACUCCGACACGGAAAUUGAAAUCAGAUCCCUGACUCUCGUUCUCACGCAAUCCGAACGAGAGAUCGCAAAGGCCAACGUCUCAAAUGCGACCAUGCACAUUCUCAAGACAUCCGGAAUCACCAAAAUAUCUGGAUCUCUAGGCUCCAUGUCUCUUUUGGAUCUCACUCCCCACGGACGAUUUUAUCGAGAAAGAUUUCUCUCCUCCGGACGGAAAGCCCUAAAUUUCCAAUACUCAAGUUACGUGAAUUCGGAGAAACGUCCUCACGACGCUCACUUGAAGAUCCAAAUGUCCGCCGUUCACUAUUUUCAUACCCAGAGAUUCGUCGCCGAACUACAAGCUUUCUUCUCCCAUUUCUCGCAGUUGAGGACAAUUAUGGCGAAUCUCCGUGCUGGGGGUAGUGGAACUAUUGAUCUGAACGAACGGAGUAUGCGCUUGUCGCUCGAGUUGCACGCCGGAGCUCCGGUUAUUUUCAUUCCUGUUAGUUCGAGAUCCAAUGAGAUGAUUCUUCUCGAUCUUGGUGAGUUGACAGCGCAUAAUUCUUUCACAUUUUCCGAGGUCAUCGAAGAAUGUUUGAUCGACGUUAUGUUUUUGGAUUUGGUUAAUAUGGACGUGUACGCAGCGAAGAAGAUAAGCGUCGAGGGGGACGAUACCCUCUCGGUCGGGGGGGUUUUUAUCCAAAAAUCAGGACCUUCUCUGCUAACCGAAAAAUGUCAUCUAAAAUUACGAGUGGAGCGAAAUUUAGACACUUAUAUAAGUCGGGAAAUUCCCGACCUAAGUAUUCAUGGGACUCUGUCUACGAUGGACUGCGCUCUCGAUCCGGCCCAGUACAUGUUGAUUCGAGGUCUGCUUUCCUAUAAUAUCGGAGAGAACCUCGACGAUCUUAGACUCUUUAUGCAAGAUCUAGAGUCGAGUAAUCCUUGCAAUGACACCGUCUCUCCUGGGAAAGUAUGGACCAAGUCUUAUAUUAGUCUAGAAUUGCUGAACGUUACUUUAAAGCUACAUCCCCAUCACGGUAUUGCUGCACUGGCUUGUGUCAAUUUUAUAAAAUCGAAACUCACUCUCGAUUCGCUCAGCGAUGGCUCGCAGGAUAUUGAUCUCGUCUCGCAGGAAAUUCUAGUCACUGAUACCCGAUUUCACGAGGAGCCGGUAAAUCAACGUUCGAAUGUAUUUACGGGAAUUUUGCAACCUUUGCGAAAUGCGACCGCGAUCAAUAAUGAAGAUCGUGUACAAGCGGAGGUUCAUCAUCGUAAACGGAAUAAUGCCAUAGCGACUACGAUUUUACUGCAUAGUAUGCGAUUGACCGCGAUACUCGAUUGGUGGGAGGCUGUGAAGGAUUUUCUAGUCCUUAAUGCUCCGGAACCGGAACCUAUUAUUCAUACCUUUCAACCGAUUCUGGUGCAGAGUGACGAGAGUAGCAUGAGGGAACCUUUCGAUCUAAAGCUAAAUAUCACCGAUUCGGAGUUGGUGAUCGUUGAGGACACAUCCAUGUGGGAUACGAAUGCAGUGAUUCUAAAGUGCACGGCAGUUGUGACUUAUCGAUCGAUUCCGCAAGAGGGAGAAAAGUUACUCUCCUGUAAUCUUUCGCAUUGCGAACUAUUUUCUUGUAUUCUAGGUCUUGAGGAGGAGACAGCUUUGUCGAUUAUCGAUCCGGUUGGAGCGAGUCUGGAAGUCACGGAGGAGAUGUCGUUGGAAAUUCAGCUCCAACCGUUGAGUGUCAGACUAAGUUAUCACGACAUUAAUAUGUUCGCGAGGAUGUUGAGCUCCCUGCCGAAGCAGACUUUGCUAGCGAAGCAGAGAUCGAGUGAGGGGAAAGUGGAGGGUCAGGUGACGAAAUUGUCAGCUCUUGGCUUCGCGGAAAUCGACUGCGAGACCGCUUUGGAUAAAUGCGAUGGAAAAUUGGACGACGCCGCCUUGUGGUUGACGCAGAAUGCGGUGCCGAAUGCGAGCACCGGAGCGAAAGGGGAUUUUUUCAAGGUAAUCGAACUCGAGACUUCGUGUCUAAAAAUAUGUAUCAUUGACGAUUGCAGAGACGCUGAUGUUCCUUUACUAGAGUUGUCGCUUUUGGAUUUAUCCAUGAGGCAGAGUUACUCUGGCCCCGGGGUUGUUUCCGCAAGCUUCGCGCUUGGAUACUACAAUCGAGUUCUCAGUGGUUGGGAGCCUUUUGUCGAGAGUUGGAAAGCUACGGUCCAGUGGGAGCAAACACUAUCGAGUACUUUAAACACAAAGCGAUUGGAAAUUCGUGUCGAUUCGCAAGACUCGGUGAAUGUGAACGUCACUUCAACUCUGGUGGAACUUGUCACCCUGGUGAAGAACAACUGGAUUCAGGACUAUUACGUAACGAAUAAUUCGAAAGCAGGAUCCUCGAUGGAAAAUUAUCGUCGUCGAUCGCCUUUUGUCCCCUUCGCUCUAAAAAACGAGACCGGAUCUAAAUUAUGGUUCAAGACUCUAAUUGCCACGGCGAACGAUUCGGAGCAAAAGAAAACCUCUUUGGAGUUGGACGAAACUUGGUUGCAGGUAAACACGGGGGAGACGAUUUCCUUCACUUUUGAGGGCCGCGGAAAAUUACGACACGACUCAACGCAUAUUGCGAGAAGACAUCAGAUUGCAAUUCUCUUGGAAGGAUGGAAAGUAACCGAUCCAGUUUCGGUCGAUAGGGUCGGAGUUUACUUUCGGUACGCCCACGGAUCGAAGGUAAAUAAGAAGACGAGAUUAAUUUUCAAUGUGGAACUCGAAGGAUCGGCGAGAAAAUUGGUGACGGUACGCUCCGCAGUACAGAUUAUCAAUAAAUUAUCGCACACACUAGACAUUAAAUUAGAAAAUACGCUUAAUCAUUUUGGAUCCUACACGUCGAUGAGUGGUAAAGUUCUUCAAGUUCCGGCCGAGUCGCAAAUUUCGAUUCCGAUCCCCUUCACCGGUGUUCUGAUGAGUUUUAAACCAGUUUUGUCGACUUUUCAAUAUUGCACGCAGGCGAUUGAUUGGACGAUGGCGAAAAAACCAUUGGAGAUUGUGGAAAUUCCGGCUAUUUGUAAAAGCAACAAGGACGAAUUGUUUCGAAUGUGUGUGGCGAUUAAGAGGGAUAAUUACCCAGCGGAUGUGAAUCAGACGAUUCCGGGACAUAGACUGAUGAUAUUGGCACCGAUAACGAUUGUGAAUUUGCUACCUCAUGAAUUAUUUUAUAGUGUUGGGAUUGAGAGUGGAAAAAUGCAACCGGGCGGGACGGCGGAUUUGCAUUCGGCGAAUUUGGAGGAGCAGUUGGAGAUUAAGAUACAAUUGGAUGGAUAUCCGGGAGCUGGUUAUUUGCUGUUGGCGCAGAAUACGAAUUCGUUUAUGGGGAGGAUUAGAUUGUCGGAUUCGGUGGGGAGGAUAUUGUUCCUGCAGGCAGCAGUGAUUGUGGAGAGAGGAUCGGCUGUGAGGAUUAAUAUCACGGCGCCUUAUUGGAUUAUCAAUAAGACGGGAUUGCCGUUGAUUUUUCGACAAGAGGGAGUUGGGGUUGAAUUUGCGGGACAGUUUGAGGAGCAUGAGAAGGCGAGAAUGUUGACGCCGUUGUUGUUUUCGUUUAGUGAUGAGGAGGCGAGUAGAACGAUGACGGUUCGUGUGGGAACGGGAAAGAAUCCGAAUGGAAUUCCCCAGUGGUCGCAGCAUUUUCAUUUGCAGAUUGGAGUUCAGGUUCAUCGAUUGAGAGUGACUUUGAGAGAUGGAAGACCGGAUAUUGUUUAUUUGAUUGGAGUGUCGACGAGAGCGGCCAGGGGAAGGUACAGUGCGACUAAUAUUGUCACGAUUUCGCCGAGAUAUCAACUGCAUAAUCGAUCGUCUUGUACUUUGGAAUUGGCGCAGAAGAGUUUUACGACGACUGUCAGUCAUCCGGAUGCUCAGGCGACUUAUAUGACGGCGAUACCGGAUUGUCAUAUGACUUUUCAUUGGCCGAGAUUGGAUAAGGAUCAGUUGUUGUGUGUGAAGAUUAUCGAUGUGCCGCAGUGCAUGUGGUCCGGAGGAAUUGUUCUCCAGGGGAAUCAUUCGCUUACGAUUAAUGUGAGAGAUGCGGCUGGAAAAAUGCAUUUUUUGAGAGUUGACGUCGUUCUACAGGAGAGUACUUAUUUUAUUGUUUUCACUGAUGCUCACACAAUGCCACCGCCGAUUAGAGUUGAUAAUUUCUCGGAAGUUCCGCUUUCAGUCAAUCAGAAUUCUGUACCUGAUAAUAUUCAAUGGUCAGUGAGACCUCAUUCAUCCGUUCCUUAUGCACUCGAUGAGCCGACUCUUCCUGCGGAAUUAACAGUCACUGCACCCGGUGGUGUCUCAGCAUCAUAUGAUUUAAAUCUUCUCGGCGAAUGUAGAGGAUUGACCUAUGAAAACUUUAUCUAUAUUGCCUUCACUGGUACUUUCAAAGAGGAUGGAGAUUUAGGAACAAGUGAGAGUAGUUUAGAUCCACUGGACGUGGAAACUCAGAGAUUAGUCUUAGAAGCUGGACCCGGAGGCUGGGUCGCUUUGCGGAGAAAACAAUAUGGAGCAAGAUCACAACUUUGGAGAAUGACUGGAAGUGGACAAUUACAACACGAAGGUUCCAGUCCGCCACGAGAUAAAUUGACAAAAGCACCGGACACUGUUUUGGUUUUGGACAUUGCUGGAACGGCUCCGCAGCCAUUUACAUAUUGCGCUCUUGCUUUGCGAAGACCAGAUCCGAGAAGAAAAUCAACUCAGACAUGGAGAUUCACUGAUGAUGGAAGAUUGUGUUGCGUGCACAGAAAUAUGUGCGUUCAAUCAAAAGAUGGUUUUAUGGGACUUAAUGAAGGCGGCAGUGUCGCCCGUUGGCAAAUGUGGAGUGAAGCUGUUUUGGGACCUGAAACUCAUUGCAGUCCACCUCCAAUUGAACAGCGUGUGAGCAGACAACGUUUGAGACCAGGUUCUGGAUUUUUAUCGGUUCGAGUAACAACUGAUGGACCGACUCGAGUACUUCAGAUUCUGGAUAUUAAAGAAAGAAAUCGAACAUUUGCACUUUUGGAGGAACGCGACUGGUUGAAUAUCGCGAUAAAUCAACGAACAAAUCAACCGGAAAUCGAUCAAACAAUUGAUUCACGAGAAUUACGUUUAAAUGUUAAUUUACAAGCGGGAUUGGGACUGUCACUAAUUUCCAGUAGACCAGCUGAAGAAUUAAUAUUUUCACGUUUAGCGGGAAUUAAUUUGGAUUUUAUGAUGACAUCGGCGAGUACAAAUUUAAAUCUCAGCGUUGAUGAUGUUCAAAUUGAUAAUCAACUUUUUGAGGCGCAAUGCACAUCGGUUCUUUAUAUUUCACGAGAAUCACGCGGUAAAAAUGAUGCUCGACCAGCAAUACAUGUGGCCGCCGAGAAAUUGCCAUCGAAAAAUCAAAAUGCUGAAAUUUAUAAACAUCUCGUUGUGAGUAUAAAACCGAUAAGUGUUCAUCUUGAGGAGAGAUUGAUUUUAAAAGUGGCGGCAUUCAUUGGCGCUGGAAGAUCUGAAUCUGAGGUUCCACUCGAGGAGAAUGGCUUUAAUACGCAGAGAUUUAUUUCCAAUGUUUCGGCUGCUCAUUCGAAACGUUAUUAUUUCGGUGCAUUGAAACUUGUACCAAGUCAGGUGAGAUUAAGUGUUCUGACAGCUACAAAAUUACCAGCGCAUCUUCAGAUAAUUAAGAAAAAAUUGGGAUUGACUUUAAUCAAAUUCGAAGACGCCACUAUUGAUUUGGAACCCUUUAUAAGAAUGCAUCCAUUUGAGAACAAACAAGUUUUGAUGCAUUCUAUUAUAAAACACUACAUAGAUGAAUUAAAGUGGCAGGCAGCAGUGAUACUUGGUUCAGUUGAUUUUCUCGGCAAUCCACUUGGAUUCGUCAAUGACGUUUCCGAGGGUGUUUCCAGUUUCAUUUCUGAUGGUAAUGUCAAAACUCUUGUUCAGAAUUUGGCUCAUGGAUUUUCCAAUUCCGCAGCAAAAGUCACUGAAACCUUAUCCGAUGGUUUGGGUCGUGUAACUAUGGACGAAAGACACGAGGAGACACGACAGAGAAUUCGCGCGAAUAACGCAGGAAGUAGUGACCAUUUACUCGCAGGAAUUAAAGGAUUGGGUUUUGGAAUUUUAGGCGGAGUUACAAGUAUCGUGAAGCAAACUUACGAUGGUGCUUCAAAUGAAGGAUUUCCCGGCUUUUUCUCGGGACUAGGAAAAGGAGUUGUUGGAACAGUAACGAAACCAGUCGUUGGAAUGUUGGAUCUUGCAUCGGAAACUGCAACAGCAAUUCGAGAGACAAGUAGAAGUGCUCAUCGAUUAAUACCAAAACGCGACAGACUACCACGAGUUGCAAGUGGUCCAGCGGGACUUCUACCACCUUAUAAUCUGCAACAGGCGGAGGGACAGGAAUUUCUCUAUUGUAUUAAUAAUCGUGAUUAUUCAGAACUUUUUGUUGCCUAUGAAUGUUUACGAAGUGGUGCUGAUAAUCUUAAAGUUUUAGUAUCAAAUGAAAGAGUUCGUAUUAUUUCUGGCGGGACAAAAGGCGUCGUGACUGAAGUUAGUCUAGCAGAUUUACUUCACUGUCAACCAACUCACAAACUAGAAAGUAACGGCGUUACAUUGCAUUAUAUUGAGUUGACAUCUAGAGAUUCAGUUGCUUCCACAAAUUUUGUUGGCACUGAAGUUUUAAGAAGACCAAAGGUUAGAUGCGAUAAUGAGGCCUGUGCUAAAUGGGUUUCUCAACAAGUAAAUUAUGCCAAAGGAAUGCAUGAAGAGCUAAGUUUGACUUUAAUGUCAUCAGACAAUAUGUUGGAUGAUAUUCAGGGUUAUACGUAAGAAAAAAAGAAAAAAAAGAGCACUUAAUUAGAUAAAUUUUUGUAUUUUGUUACCAUAUUUUUUAGCGGUUUAAAAGAAAAAUUUAGUGCUAAAUUGAUAGCUUUUAAUCCCCGUCCUUGAAGGUCAACAUUGCCUUAUUCUUAGCAUUAUAGAUUAUUAUAAGACUGAUGUACAUUAUUGUAAAUUAACAGAUUUUCAAUAUUACAAUUUUAAGAUAAUUCGACUCUUCACACAUAAAAAAAUGUCGCACUCAAAUUAUAAAAUAAUUUUGUUAAUUCAAACGGACUUGUGACAUUAAUAAAGCGUGAAUAAAGUUGUGAAAAAUUAAUA